AUGGCGGCUCGAAGUAGGAAGGGCGAUCCCACCGAUGACCCCCGUUUCAAAACUCAAAAACAAAAAUCGAGGAAGUCAUUGCGCAAAGCGCAACGCAAGGCAGACAAGCAGAGGCACCACCAAAACAUGAUACAAUGGAAGCAACGGCGGAGCAGCAAGUCAACUCAUCAAGAGACAGCAUCGCAUCAAGAAGAAAACGUGAAAUCGCAAAAACGCAAGAUGAGCCACAAGAACGAAGUCAUACCACCCACCAACCACCCAGAGGAAAAGUCGUAUGACGAGCUCGAGAUCGAAUACCUAGAGCGGAAACUCAGGAAGAAUAGGAAGAGCUCUGCCAAGUCGGGUGAUUUGUUCCAAUCGCUCAAAAACGAAUUUGUCAAUGACGGAUUCGACGAAGAAUUCCUUGACUUCCUCUCAGAGCUGAGCAACAUGGCCGAAAAGGGUAAAAAGGCCAAAGGAAGCUCUGCCGUAAGUAAGGCUCAGAAGAAAACGGGCUCCGGUAAAUCACAAAGCCGGGAUGAAGAUGAAGACAUUGAAGAUGAUGAUGAUGAUGAGGAGGAGGAGGAGGAGGAGGAGGAGGAUCUGGAUGAUGAUGAUGAUGAGGAGGAGGAGGAGGAGGAGGAUCUGGAUGAUGAUGAAGAUGUGGAUGAUGAUGACGAGGAGGAGGAUGAUGAUGACGAGGAGGAGGAUGAUGAUGACGAGGAGGAGGAUCUGGAUGAUGAUGAUGAUGAUGAUGAUGAUGAUGAUGAUGAUGAUGGUGAUGUCGAUGAUGAGGAGGAGGAAAGUGAAGAUUUGGAUGAAGAUGAGAAAGACGAGGAAGAUGAAGAAAGUGAAGAAGACGUAAAGAUUAACAAGAGAGUAAGAUUUGACUUGCCUCCAAAAAUCAUUAAGGGUAAGAGCUCCCAUGUGACUGUAUAUAUGCGUGCAGGGAAAUCCAAAGCAAAGGAAGAAACGCGUAAAAAGCAAGCUAAAACGGUGCCGAUUGAUGGUACAUUAGUGGAAGACAUGAAGAAAAAACAGAGGGGAUUUCUCAACCGGAUAUCAGAAGGAAACUUCACGAUUGUUGUAAAAGAAAUAAUCAAACUCUAUAACCAGAUGUUAUCCUCAGCGUCUAAUGACGGUGGGAAAGAGCGCCUGCUGCUGGCGGUGGAUGAACUCAUAGACGACUUGUGUGAGUGCACCGUCAAAAUGGUGAUCGAGAAUGAAAGCAGUGUGAUCAGCCUGGUUGCCAUGCACACGGCGCUCAUAUGUGCGUUGUGCAACACCGUUGGAAUAAACGUUGGAUACGUCUACUGCCACAAACUGCUCAAAACCCUGGAGGCGGCUUUGCCGGUGCUGUUUGAAAACCACGACGGGAAGGAGCUUUCCUACGCUAAGCUGGUGACAAGAAACAGCGUUAUGUCAUUCGCUGUAAUAUCGCACUUGGACAUGUUGGAUCUGGACAUCAUAUUCUUUCUUAUCAAAAACAUAUCUAGGGAGAACAUCACAGAGCAUGUCGCUCAAAUCCUCAUGGUACUACUUCGAUACACAGGUCACAAAAUGAAAGUUGAAAAUCCCUCAUCGUUCCACAAUGUCAUUGGGCACCUCAAAAAGUUGCUUGAUAAAUACAAGGAAACACACGGCGAUAUCACACAAAGUAGGCUGCGCUUUUUCGAGCAAGAGAUUGAGUCUUUCAAACUAUCGAAGGAGAAGAAGCCACUCGAAACCUUUGAUUACCUCAAGAACAUAAUUAAGGGAGAGUUCCGACACCGGGCUGGAACAACAAACCCACAAAUCAACCUUCAGACACUCCUUAAAUACACGAAGGAAUCUGAUGAAGCUGCCUUGCCAUCGCAUGCGAUACUACACAAACUCGACACCGCAUCACUGAUGGCCGUGAAGUCCACAAAGAUGGAUGGCGCCAAUUCCACGGAAUCACUCCUACAAAAGGCGGCAGCGUUACGAUUGUAUUCGAACUGCCAGAAGUCGACCUUCGUCGCCAUCAUGGGUGCAAUAAGCCCCCAGCACGCCGUAGAAAGGAUCAUGGAACUGGGGAUCAAACCGGCGCAAUAUACUGAGGUUGUCUACACGGUAGUGCACUCGUUGAUGAGUGAAAAGCUGUACAACGAGUACUACACGGAAGUCAGCAAGAAUCUGGCCAGGCUGCCGGCGGCGACGGGAAAAAGAUUCACCAGGGCCUGUGUUUGCACCCUCAUCUCUGUCAUAGAACACUUGCACGAGAAGAAACCGAGGAAGUGCGCGCAUAUAGGAAGGUUUUUCGCAGCAAUGGUUGCAGGAAAAGUGCUAGAACUCAAGCUGCUGAAGUUUGUCAAGAAGGAACACAUCGACUCGGAUUCGGUAGAGGCGUUCCUUAAGAACCUCUUUGCCUGCUUGGUGACGAUGACACCUGCAAGCAGUGAGGAACAUGUUAUCGCACAGCUUAUGUCAUUGGCCAACGUGGAGAUGUUCGACAUAUUUUGCGAACUGUGGCUCGAGUACCUUCGGGAUCACUGCAUGGAGAAGGUGUUGGGUUCUGGUACAGGAAACGUCCUGAUGGAAGCCUGCAGAAGGAUAUUCGGUGCCAAAAACGUCUGA